UUGCCUUUCUUGUUUUUGAGAAAUACAUACAUACUAUAAAACAGAAUCGAUUCUGCUUUCAACUUUCAAAUUUUUCUAUAUUUGACUCAUUUUUUUGCUUUCAGAUCAAACAUUAAAUCCAACCAAACCAUACCAAACUCAAACCUCAAUAAAAUCAAAUCACAAACAUAAACAAAACCUUGUAAACUCCGAUGAAGAACAAGAACAAAAACCUCAACAUAGUCACAAAGAACUACUCCAACACUUCCAUCAUCAUGAAUCCAAAAUCACUUCCAAUGGAUCCCAAAAUUUGGAGCAAAUUACCACCUGAAAUUCUUGAAUUCAUUCUCUCUUUUCUUCCUCUCAAAACUUUCAUGAGCUUAAGAUCAACUUGCAAAGGUUUUUGGCCAUUGAUUUUCUCUCCUUCAUUCAUCUCAAAACAUUCACCUUCAUCUUCACCUUUCUCUUCUUUUCUCUUACUUUCUCACCCUCAAUUCCAUCGUCACUUUCCCCUCUAUGAUUGUAACCUUGGAACAUGGCGUAAUGUUUCUCUUUCAUUCUCUGAUUCACUUCAUUCUUCAGUACCUUCUUACACUACUCUUGUUUCUUCUGGUGGUCUUUUUUGUUUAUCAGAUUCAAUUUCAUGUUCUUUACUUGUUUGUAAUCUUUUAGCUAAAUCCAAAAGAAAAAUUCAAUACCCAAAUUUCAAUCUUCACAUUGAACAUCUUACAUUUGUUACAACUCCUAAAGGGUAUAUCAUUUUUAUACUAUCUUCUGAAUCAAAUUCAAAUAGUGUUUUUCUUUAUGAAUCAAGCUUAAAAAUUCAAUCUUGGAAGAAAUUCAAUGGUUUUGGUCCAUUUUUAAGUGAUAAUCCUCAUCAACAAGGUGUUUACUUUAAAGGGUGUUUAUAUUUUGCUACACCAGAACCAUUUUCUGUUGUGUAUUUUGAUUUGGAGAAUGGAAAAUGGGAAAGAUCCAUUGGUGGUUUACCUAAUCAACUGACUUUUGUUAGAUUGGUUAGUGUGAAUGAUGAUGAUGGUGUUGAAGGUAAAAAAUUGUUUUUGAUUGGUGGGGUUGGGAACAAUGGAAUUUCAAGGAGUAUUAAAUUGUGGGAAAUGAGUGAUGAAGGGAAUUGGGUUGAGAUUCAAAGUUUACCUGAUCUUAUGUAGAUUUUGUAUUAUUUGGUUUCAAGAAGGACUUGGCAUUGGCUUCCUAGGUGUCCUUCUUUGCCUUUGAAAUGUAGCUGUGGUUUUAAGUGGUUUUCUUUUGUUCCUAAGUUGUAUGCUCAAGUUUGAAGACUAAUGAAUGAAAGAGUGAAUGUUCUUUUGAGUCUUUUGUUUUACAGCAAUGCUAUAUACUAUGAAAUAGAUACUCGCGGUGGAACUGCGACGAAAAACUGACCAAUCAAGAUAUGAUGUUUGGUGGAAUUGAUGGUGAUAUGGCGGAAUACACAGGAGUCAAUGAAUGACGAACCAAUCAAAACAUGCAGUUUUGCUUUCGUGACAGAUUCGUGUGCAUUAGUUGGCGAUGAAUAGCGUUUUUCUUUGCUUUAUGGUUGUUGUAUGUAUGUAAAAGGUUGGGAUUGUAUUAAGAGACGAUGAUCCAAAUUCAGUUAUGUAAAAUUGUUAUCUUAUCUUUCAAUUUAUGUUUUGUGACAUGUUUUGGAAUUCGAUAUUUUGUCCAAUGAGAGUGUUUGUGGAGAAUCGCGGUAAAAUGUAGUGGCAUUACUAUUGUAGAGAUAUAAAUAAAUUGAUAUCACGAUGUAGACUGUAGCUGUUUACUUUUGCAGCGGAACAAUCUUCGACGUGUGUCAGGAUCAAAGCUACAGUUUGUAG